CCUGCAUGACAUAGGAGUUCUCGGAGUCUUGGGCAGCCCUUUGUACAGAAGUUGGUAGGUCGGGCUAGUUAUAUUCCCAGUUUUUACCUUGGCUAGCGGUAUGCUUUAACAGGCGGCGGCACACAAACUGGUUCUCUUCCUUCACACCACCUCAGUUCUUGACAUCCAACUCAAGGAAACAUCUUCAUCCCAGCACUUAUAGUCUACUAAAGUACUACUACUCACUGCAAGAAGACCAAAGGAUAAAUAACCCAUUCUCUGCCAUGGCUUCCCUCCUUGGUCUUACCUCGACUUAUUCGAGCAACUGGUCGUACUACACGAUCCCCGCGGCAUGGGCUCUGUGCAUGCUUCCAAACACUUACGCCGCCAUGCUGGCGGGCAAGAACUUUGACAAUGCCAACCCCCGCAAGAUCGAAGAGAAGUGUGCCAAGGAUAAGUCUCUGGACAAGGUGACACUCCGGCGCAUCUCCCGCGCCAGAGCGGCGACGGCUAACGGAUAUGAAACCCUCGGGCUGUACGCGGCCGCCGUCGUGGCGGGCAAUGCCGCGCGGGUGCCGGGCGAGCAGAUGACGCGGCUGACGCUGGCCUACCUCGCGUCGCGGGCCGUGUACAACUACGUGUACGUCGUGCUGCAGGACAAUGCCCGGAUGGCGCCGGUCAGGUCGCUGGUGUGGGUGUCAGGCAUCGGCAUCAUCAUGUCGAUGUUUGUGAUGGCUGGGCAGGCGUUAAGUUAAGUUUAAAUCACGGUUUUUUGAACCUCAGGGGAAUGCAAUGCAAUGGGAAUAGAAUGGAAAGGGGGUAGCAGGUACUACUACUACUUAGGUCGGGUUUCGUCAUUUCAUGGUCCCAAAGAACAGAGCCGGGACCGUUUGCAAUUAGAUCCCGUAUGAUGUGGUUGCU